CCUGAAUCUCCCUCAGCCUUCCUGAAUCUCCCUCAGCCUUCCUGAACCUCCCGCCGCCGCCCCUUACCCUCCCUAAGCCUCCUUUCUACCCCCCCUUAGCCUCCCCUCCGCCUUCCCUCUUUCCCUCAGCCCUCCCUGAGGCUCCCUUCAGCCUUCCCGCCAUUUCCCGCCUCGCUCCCCUCCCCUCGAGCGGCGCUGCGGCGGAGCAGAGCGCCGGGGAUCCAAAGCUGAUUAUUUGUCUGCUAUGAAACAGAAAAGCAGCAAACUCCCAUUUCUUAGGAAACAUUGAAGCAAAGGUUUAGAAGACAAGAUUCUGCUUGCUGUUGAGACUCUUUUUAUUAAAAAACUGAAUAUUCAUUUUAAAUGGCAAAAAAUUUAAAGCUGGAAUAAUACCCCAGACUUUCUAAUGUGUUUGGAUCUUUUCUACUUACAAAAAUAUUUUCAUCAUGAGCUGUGGGAAGGAUUUUGUGGACACUCUUAAAAAAAUUGGAUAUCCAAAGGCUGAUGAGCUUAAUGGAGAAGAUUUUGACUGGAUGUUUGAGUCUUCAGAAGACAAUUCAUUUUUGGAGUGGUUUUGUAGAAACAUAAAUGGGCAGCAUGUGGUAUCUGAAGAAGAACUGCAGGAUUUUGAUAAUCUUCUCCAGUGUGGUAAACCUGUUUUGGAAGGAAAUGCACUGGAUGAAGUCCUUAAAACCUUGGAGCCCAUGGGUUCAACGAACAGUAGCCAAGAGGAGGACAGGGAAGAAGUGGAGAAAUUAGAGGAUGAGCUUCAAGAUCUUGAGAAGUUAAAAAAUCUUCAAAUUCAUCGGCAUAAUAAGCUUCAACUGUUUGUUGCUACAAACAGCCACUUGUUACAAACAUUCCAAAGCAGAGAGGAAGAAGCACUGAAGGAUUGGAAAGAAGGACUGGAAGUGUUUACUGCGGCAAAUAAUAAGCUUGACAAUGAACUGCAGUCUCUUAUAGCUGCAGUGAAGGAAUUUGCCUCUUUUUUCACUGCUUCAGAUUCAGAACAAGGGUCGGAUACACAUCCAGUGUUUUUUUCCCUACUUUCUUUGGACAAAUACUUGUCUGUGGAAGAACAAAACACUGCAGCACUUACAUCACACAUAAAAAAGCUUUUAUAUGAAGGUAUGUCUAAAUGCACUGAAAACUCACAUGAAGGCAGCUUUCAACUUGAAGAUUUAAUCAAGCAAGUCCCCUUUGAUGAGCCUAAUGAUUUUUGUGAAGAGAGGCAAGAGAUAGCCAGGCUCCAGGCAGCAUAUAUUUGUGGUCAGAACCAGCUAAUUCAGCUGCAAGCUGAAGAGGAGGGCAUGAAUUCAGCUAUCCAGUGUGCAGAGAGCCUGCUGCAGUCCUUGGACACGGAUAUUGGACAACAGGAGAACAUUGAUGCUAAAAUAUCUAGUUUAAGUGCUGAAAUUUCAGCAAUUAAACAAGACAUAGCUCGGAUAAACAACGAAGAGCUGCUUCCCCUUCUUAAGAAGAAAGCACAACUUUUGACUGCACCAGUGGUGAAAGAAUACUUAGAUCACCUAAUUGCUCGGCAGGACUGUUAUGCUGCGAUUCAAGAUAAAAUAGGCAGGCAUUUGAUAAGACAGAAAACAUCGUUUGAACUUAUUCAGCUGGCCUGUGAAAUGGAGCUGAAGAAACACCAGGAGAUCAGCUGCCAGCUUGAGAAUUUGGUAGAAUCUCUGGAAAAAAGCACUGAUGAGUUACAGCAAAGACUACAGUUGAUAGCUGAACGAACAGAACAAGAAAAGCCAAGGAGCACUAUUAGUUCAGAGGAUGGUUUAUCUUGCAGGCUGUAUCAGCUUCUGGAAGGAGGAAGUAAAAAACAACAAUUGUUUAAAACAUACAAAAACCUGGAGCAGAUGGCUCAGAAGUUAAAGCAGGACUGUGCUAGAGUAGAAGAUCAGCUGGCAGCAUCUGCUCAGGAGCAGUCUCUCCUUUUGUCCAGCCUAGAAGGGGAUGUGGAUGCCCUUCGUGGUGCUCUCUAUGAUGGAACAAAUCAGAUACAGCUCCGGAGUCCGGAACUUAGUGAGCAGUUUCACCAACUGGAAGUGGAUUUAGGUGAACUAAAUCGUCUCCUUAAGGAUCUGGUUGCUGACCUGAAGUCGAAGAGAAGCCUUUUAGAGUCCAAUAGGCUGCUUCAGAUGGAAAGAGACUUGUAUGUGUAUUUUUUCAAUGAUGAAGAGCAGUUGAAAGAGAUGGUAGAAAAGAUUGAGCAGCAGUCUCAGGUUAAAGCCAGUGGUCUUCAGAACCAGUGCAGUUCUUAAUGUCUAAAGAGCAACAUACUCAUAAGAAAGGAAAAUGUCAAUGUAAACUGUCUAUGAAUUUAUGGAAUAAACUGUCAAGGCUGACACUUGGAACAAGAUGUAAUGUGCUCAUAGUGAAGAGGAGAGUUCUCAAAGGCAGCAGAUAUUCCAUUCUUG